UGUUGCCAUGGUUAUGUGUAAACGGAAAGUUUUGGUGUCUCUACGGCAGGUUCGGGUAGACAAACUGUGCAACGUUAUGGCCUUUUUUGGUUUGACAUACCUGGGUUAUCAGAACCCGAUAGGCGAUAGAAUGAUACUGAAUCCCCGGGAACCGUCUAAUCGUAACGAUGGCAACAGCAACAUCAAAGCCGGGAUGCCACCUUCUCUUCAAGAACAACCGAGACCCCUCAGAUGUAUAGAGGACUGCCAACUUUCCGACCAGCCCCUUCCCCACAGCACUGACAUACACAAUGGGAGCCAUGAGAGAUACAAAGCGAUGAUCAAGCGGCUUCAAACACCCAGAUCUCCAAACCAGCUCUACUUGGUGCCUCUGACGGAGAGCCAGAGGUAUGGAUGGAUGGUGUCCAAGAACCCUGAGCCAUGGACGCUAGUCAGAAGGUUUCCCCAAAAGAACAGCGAGAUGACCAAGUUUGUUAAAGAAAUGUUAAAGACGGACCCGAACUUCAGCCUGUUAUGAAAACUUGUGCAGUAAAGCAAAUUCCCUCACACAUAAAAACAGCAACAAACAUGAUGUGAAAAUGUGAAAUUAAACUGACAACAUGCA